AUGGGUCUCUUCAAGCUCACGGGCAUCCUCUUCCUCGCUCAAUUCUUUUCCUUCGUGUAUGGCUCAGCCCACCCAAACAACGACCCAGAAACUCGCGGGCUAGAUGUGAACCUCAAUCGUCAACAAGUCCAUCUCGCCAGCCUCCUGGGUCCUAUUGACUCGCUGCUGGGCUAUGUUUUCGCCAUGGGCAAGAUUGCAGGCGGAGUUCUUGAGUCUCUUGCGGGUGAUAAUCCUGGCCAGGGCGACUAUCGUGGGGGGCAAUGUGCGGAUGUCAUGGUCAUUUUCGCUCGUGGAACAACUCAAUCCGGCACAAUUGGAGGCACUGUCGGUCCCGCUUUCCUCAAUUCAACCCUCAAUGCACUGGCGCAAGCUAUUCCUCCCAUGAACUUGAGUUUCACUGGCGUCCCAUACCCUGCAGCGAUGGAGGACUUUUUCGAAGGGGGGAGUAAGAAUGGGAGCAUCACAAUGGCGUCCAUGCUUGAACAAGCAGCGUUGAAAUGCCCAGACUCUGCCAUCAUCUCGACUGGAUAUAGCCAAGGAGGACAGGUUGUGCACAACUCGGCUCGCAUUCUCGCACAAUAUCACCCUGAGGCUUUCAAGCAUAUCAAGGCUUUCGUCAUCUUUGGAGAUCCCGACUCGCAGCAAACUUUGCCCAGUCAGGUUCCUCCCUACUCAAUCGACACGGUGUGUCACUCGGGCGAUGCGGUUUGCGGGUCGGCGGCGAAACAUGUAGGGUACAGGAGCUCGCCGGAGUUGGGUCUGUUGCUGAAGGCGCCGUUCAUUGGCUUGACAUUGCCGCAACAUUUGAACUACCAGAAGGAGACGGAUGAUGCGGCACAGUUUAUUAUCCGAGCUCUCAAGCCGUCGUCUGGACCAGUCGUGCAUGUAUAA